ACAUAGCUCCCUGAGAGGCUCUCAGAAACCAAAACCCAGGCUGGCCUGAGGAGCUUCUUUAACAGCAAAGCCGCAGAACGCUGCUCCCACGUUUCACUGGCUGCGUCAAUUUUAUGCUGUCACUCGGACCCACUGCAACUUGGGGGAAAGCUGACCACAAGCUGGGACCAGGCAGCCCUGUCCUCCGCACCCGACUACUCACAGGCUCCAAACAGAACCAGCGCGCCCUGUUCCCACCCAGAAACUGGCCCGAGGCCGGCAGAGUCCCACUCGCUAUCUACUGAUAAGCGGAAGUCCGCACAUUGGCUGCCGGGAGUUUCAUCAGAAUCUGCUCAGCCGCCCCCUCCUGGAAGCUCAGCUGGCCGGUGUCCAUCAGCGCUUUCCCAUUGGCCCCGCGAGGGACCCCAUCCCACAGCAGCCUCCACCCUUUCCGACCCUUCGCUUGUAAAUGGACCCUCUCAAGUUGCUACUUGCGAAAUUCACACACCAGUGGAGCACCCAAGUACGCAACCGGCCAGUGGACCGGACGCUUCUCGCGGCGCCGCGCCCCGCCUCUCGCGGCAUUACGCACCGCACGGAAACCCCGGGAGAGGGCGGAGCGUGAGGUCUCCGCAGCCAGUGGAGGAGCGCAGGAAAAGUGGAACCUGAGCACGUGCUGGCCAGCGCACCCUCCGACAGGAACCUCUGCCGUUUCCAGGCCAUGGGCUGCCGGACCACCCACUCCAACCCGGAGGUGCUGCGUAGCUGCCCCCUCGUCUUCUUCGCCACCAAGCCCCACAUCCUGCCUGCCGUGCUGGUGGAGGUGGCUCCUGCCGUCACUGCGGAGCACAUCUUGGUGUCCGUGGCUGCUGGGGUGUCCCUGAGCACCCUGGAGGAGCUGCUGCCCCCGAAGGCUCGGGUGCUCAGGGUCUCACCCAACCUGCCCUGCAUUGUCCAGGAGGGUGCCAUGGUGAUGGCGCGGGGCCGCCACGCUGGGACCUACGAGGCCCAGCUCCUGCGGUCCCUGCUGGAGGCCUGCGGGCAGUGCGAGGAGGUGCCCGAGGCCCAGGUGGACAUCCACACCGGCCUCAGCGGCAGCGGCGUAGCCUUUGUGUGUGCCUUCUCUGAGGCCUUGGCUGAAGGUGCUGUCAAAAUGGGCAUGCCCAGUGGCCUGGCCCACCGCAUCGCUGCCCAGACCCUGCUGGGGACAGCCAAGGUGCUUCUGCAGAAAGGGCAACACCCGGCUCAGCUGCGGACUGACGUGUGCACACCAGGCGGCACCACCAUCUACGGGCUUCAUGCGCUGGAGCAGGGUGGGCUGCGGGCCGCAGCCAUGAGCGCCGUGGAGGCCGCCACCUGCCGGGCCAGGGAGCUCAGCAGGAAGUAGGUGCGGGCCACACCUCUACCCUCUGGUGGCUCGGGUCCCCUCUGUCCUACAGGGAGGAGGGGCCCUGGCCCGCAGGGAACACAGCAGGGUGUGGCCCCUCCCUGGACCCUAAGCUCCUGGCAAGGGCAGGGAGAGCUGGCCCUGAUGACCCUUCCCUGGGUCAGGAGCCCCGGAGGGUCCUGUGGCCUGGCCUCUGACUACCGGAUUUGGUUCUCAACAUGUCCGUGAAGGGACCAACAGGCCUGGAAAGCCAGAAACGUGGGACCUUUGUUGGGGGACAGACCCAUCCCACACAGGCCCAAGUGCUGGAGCCCCUUCCUGCCACCUGCCAGGCGUCUGUGAACAGGGCUGACGCACCCACUGGCCACCCCCACUCUGCUGCCCGGCCUCAAGCCCUCCCCGAGUUUCAGCCACCAGUGUCCCGCUGGCCCUCAGCCAGGGACUGCUUGUCUGACCCCGGCCCUUCUACUAGUUAGAAGGGUCAGCCUGAGUCCAUUUCUUCACCUAUUUUUUUUUUUUAACCUUUAAAAUGGAAAUAAAGAUGCUGUCCUAUAGCA